GCCCAUCCUCGCGGCACGUAACCACCCUCCACCCCCUUCCUCCCCGCUCUCCCGUGUGACGGCAGGCCUGGCCUGGAUCUUUCCGAACCGCCGCGCUAUAUUACCUACCUACCUACUUACCUACCUACCUACCUAAGGUACCUAACCUUAUAUAUGCCGCGCUUUUUCGCCAGACCGCUAUGUAUUGUACGUCUAAACAUCUUUCUGCUAAAGCCACUAUCCGGCCCCGGACAAGGAGCAUCCCUGGCCCGGGCCGCAAACAGGACGUCGUCUAAUUCAACUGCUUACCUAGGUCUAUAUCGCAAUCCGAGGAGAACGGGCCGUAAACGCCAAGUUAGUCUUAUUGAGACGUAUUUACCUAGUAGGUAGCGACUACUACUUUUAGUAUACUUCCGCUUGCAUUGUAUGUACUUUU